CAGCCAUGGCUCUGCGCUACCCAUGGCCUUGGGCCUCAACAAGGGACACAAGGUGACCAAGGACGUGAGCAAGCCGAGGCACAGACGCCGCCGCUGGCGCCUCACCAAGCACACCAAGUUCGUGCGGGACAUGAUCCGGGAGGUGUGCUGCUUCACCCCUCAUGAGCGGCGGGCCAUGGAGCUGCUCAAGGUCUCCAAGGACAAGCGGGCCCUCAAGUUCGUCAAGAAAAGGGUGGGGACACACAUCCAUACCAAGAGGAAGAGAGAAGAGCUGAGCAAUGCCCUGGCCGCCAUGAGGAAGGCGGCAGCCAAAAAGGACUGA